GAGAAUUUAAUAUACGCCAAUAAAGAAAGAAGACCGUAAGUGUAGAGAAGAGAGAGAGAAAGAGUCUCUGCAUCUCGUGGUCUUGCUCCGCCGUCAGGGGGAAAGAAUAUGGAAGCAGCUAUUGCUGUUCAGAGGUUUCACUACUCAUCACCAUGUAUUGAUUGGAGAAAUUUUGAAGGGAAGCCUCGUGGUUCUCUACGUUACUACUCUCACCGAAUCAAAGAGAAUAAAAGGCUUAUUAUAGCUGAUUUGCAACCUGACAAAAGGAGAAGGGAUCAUCGACAAAGAUCAGUUUCUGACAAGAACUCUUCAGCAUUGUUGGAAACUGGAGAGCUUCUUCAUUCUCCAUUUGAUGAAGAAGUGGUUUUGAAGAGAAAAGCUGAAGAGGUUAAACCGUAUAUAAAUGGACGAUCUAUGUAUCUUGUUGGAAUGAUGGGUUCCGGGAAGACGACAGUAGGAAAGAUCAUGGCAAAAGCACUUGGUUAUACCUUCUUUGAUUGUGACACAUUGAUCGAGGAGUCGAUGAAUGGUACUUCCGUUGCUGAGAUAUUUGAGCAUUUCGGUGAAGGUGUCUUCAGAGAGAAAGAGACCGAGGCACUAAAGAAGCUCUCUUUGAUGUACCACCAAGUUGUUGUGUCAACAGGUGGAGGUGCGGUUAUAAGACCCAUUAAUUGGAAGUAUAUGCAUAAAGGUAUUAGCAUUUGGCUUGAUGUUCCCCUAGAAGCCUUAGCGCAAAGAAUUGCUGCUGUAGGAACAAACUCAAGACCAUUGUUACAUGAUGAUAAGUCAGGAGACCCAUACACAGUGGCUUUAAACCGUCUUUCAACUAUUUGGGAAGCACGUGGUGAAGCAUAUGCUAAUGCCAGUGCGAGAGUCUCCUUGGAGAAUAUUACAUCAAAGCUCGGGUACAGAAACGUCUCAGACCUGACACCAAUUGAUAUCGCCAUUGAAGCUUUUGAGCAAGUUCAGAGCUUUCUAAACAAAGAGGAUGGCUUCUAGAUGGAGACGGUUAUGUUUCCCUGCAACAUCUCAUCAGUAGUUUACGUAUUCUUGUUCCAUCAGAGCUUUGUCUGUGCCUAGUUUUGACUGCUGUGUACAGAUUAUACGAUUGAAAUUUGAAUAAUACUCUUUGUUUUAUCACAAUAAGAUAACUUUCUGCA